GACCUGCAUUCCAACCUUGUUUACACGUUAGCUGGGCAGGGAACAGGUGGAUAUGUGACCGAUUUAGGCUUUUUUUGACCUGUCCCCGGCGCCACAGGAAAACACCACCACCACCACCAUCACCACCACCAUGACCUCCACACAAGCCAGCAUGGACGCCACCACCACCACCACCACCAGCACCAACACCACCAGUCUUGGCAGUGCCUUGGACGGCCUGCCCAAGCCCUUCGUCAAUGCUAUGCGGACGCUUUUUGAUAUCAUGGACGACCAACGCUCAGGCUAUGUCAAGCUAUCAGAGAUUGAGAGGCGUUGGCAGGAUGAUGGGGCCCAGGGCUUGCCGAGAGAUGUGCUCCCAAGUCUUAGGAAGGUGACGCCAGCUGAUGGUUACCUCUCUUUUGAACGCUUCUGUGCAGGCCUCCAGAUCAGCCUCCUUCGCAACAAGAGCCAGGACCGGGCGCCCCCCCACCCCCACCUUCACCCACACCCCAAGCAGGCCCCGCCCCCGCCCCCGCCCACCUCGGCCGGCGCCCCGCCCCCGAUGCAGCCGCCCCCGCCACCGCCGCCACACCCCCGCCCCCCCUCCGCCCCUCUGCUGGAUCAGCAGUCUCAGCAGCCACUUCAAGCCUUUCUUGACACGCUCGCCCCAUUCCCCCACAUUACCCGCCCCCCACACCUCCACCUCCGCUCCACAAAAUCCGAGAUCAAAAUGGGCGUUGGCGGGGUGCUGGCGGGGCCCCCCAAGCCGCCCCGAGCCACGGAGCGGGGCCGGGGCACGCACUCACUCGACAGGAACCUGGAUGGACGUGUUGGCGGGGCGGGGGAUGGUCGGGGCGCCACGCACUCCCUGGACCGGGUGGAAAGGAGGUGGGAGGUGGAGUGGGCGGAGAGAGGCCUUGGGAGGGAGAGAGACAUCCAACAAGGAAGUGGAGGCGGAGACAGCGGAAGCGGAAGCGGAGGAGGCGGAAGAAGGGAGCGCGGAGCCAGCCUGGAGCGCCUUCUGGACCAAGAGGAGAGAGGAGAGAGAGAGCGAGAGCGAGGCGUCUUGGGUGUGCCACUGAGGAAGGUUGGCAUCCGCUCGGCACUCCAGACUUGGCAUAAGGAACGGACGAGAGCGGACGGGCCCAGCGACAGCAACAACAACAAGAUGAAGGGAGGAGGAGGAGGAGGAGGAGGAGGGAAGAUUGUCGGCCAUCGGAAGGAAUUGAGAGAGACAAGAUCUCUCUCCUCCGUGGUGGGUGGAAUGGAGCCCGUCGGAAGGGGGGUGGGGGAUGGCGGGGACGGAGGGAGGGGGAGCGGAAGCGGAGGUGGAGGAGUAGGAAACGGAACUAGUGGAGGCGUAGUCCCCAUCUCCACCACAACCGCACAUCACCACCCCGACCCUCAACCGCAGCCGUCAACCUCAUCCGCCACUGGGUCAUCCGCCUCCGCCGCUCCGCCACAACAGAAGAAGUCGGGGCGGAAGAGAGAGGCUCGACGACACACUCUACAGAACGGAAUUGAUACUAACAUGCUGUGUCGCCUGAAGCAGCUGGAGGCAGAGCGGGAUAUGCUGGUUCAAGGGUGUGAGGUAGUGGAGCGUGCAAGAGCUUGGUACAGAGAGCAGCUUCAGGCCAUCACUGAGAGGAUUCAUUGCCUGCCACAUGCUGGUCAUAGGAUGGAGCCAAGUCUUGAGGUUCAGCAGGAAAAGCUACAUUUCCAGCUCGCUCGGAUCCACGAAGUUAACGCGCACCUCACAGCCCUUAUGACGGUCGGGGAGGGGGGCGGCCUAUCCAACCCCAUGAACCUGCCCCUCGCCCCCUCCUCAGCACCCUCGGCCGGCCCCGCACCCUCCCUGCAGCCCCCCAACAUGGCGGCGUCGAGAGGGCAUCAGGAGGAGAGGAGGCUUGUGUCGAGGCUGAAGGACCAGAACCACUUGCUUACGGAGGAGGUCAGCAACAAGAGCGAGAGAAUCACUAUCUUAGAGCGAGAGAAAGCCGCCCUCCUUCGGGAACUCCUGCAGCCACGCCCACCCCCGCCCUCCCACCACCCCCUCCACCCUACAGCCUCCACCUCCACUGCCGCUGACUCCACCUUCAUGUGACCUGCGACCCAUGUGACAUCCCGCGACCUCUCGACCUGGUGACAGUUUUGGGGUGAAGUUUCUCCCGCAUCAAAUUUUUCGUAGUUAUUUUUUUUUAUUGGUCGUGCAUUCACUUAGCCAUGGUUGUGAUCCGUGUGUGUGUGUGUGUGUGUGUGUGUGUACCUAGUUGUGACAUACAGGAAAAGAGCUACACUCGCGCUGUCCCGUCUCCAUAUCCUCUCUUAUCCAACUUUCCUUAACCCGUCCGCUGCGAUUGGCAUGGAUUUGACCUUCACUGGUAGCCUGGUAACAUAUAGUCCCAGGUCUUUCUCUGCCUCUGUGGUGGGUAUUGAGUGUUUCCCAUGUGGUAUUGGUGUGCUGGAUAUCCCUUCACUGGUAGCCUGGUAACAUACACUCCCAGGUCUUUCUCUGCCUCUGUGGUGGAUAGUGGAGUGUUUCCCAUGUGGUAUUGGUGUGCUGGAUAUCCCUUCACUGGUAGCCUGGUAACAUACACUCCCAGGUCUUUCUCUGCCUCUGUGAUGGAUAGUGGAGUGUUUCCCAUGUGGUAUUGGUGUGCUGGAUAUCCCUUCACUGGUAGCCUGGUAACAUACACUCCCAGGUCUUUCUCUGCCUCUGUGGUGGAUAGUGGAGUGUUUCCCAUGUGGUAUUGGUGUGCUGGAUAUCCCUUCACUGGUAGCCUGGUAACAUAUGCUCCCAGGUCUUUCUCUGCCUCUGUGGUGGAUAGUGGAGUGUUUCCCAUGUGGUAUUGGUGUGCUGGAUAUCCCUUCACUGGUAGCCUGGUAACAUACACUCCCAGGUCUUUCUCUGCCUCUGUGGUGGAUAGUGGAGUGUUUCCCAUGUGGUACUGGUGUGCUGGAUAUCCUCCCAAGAUGCAGGACUUUACAUUUUUCUUCAUUGAAUUGUAGCAGCCACUUUUUGUUCCAUUCCUGUAGCUUGAUGAUGUCUUCUGCUAGGAAAUCCACAGUCAAGGGGUUAAGGGAUUGGACUGAAAGGAAGCAGGAAAUGCAGACAAAUACAUGAAUUAAUAAUGAAUGCUUGUGGAAACCCAGUGCUUUUGUUAAUAUUGCCUAGACGUUCCCGCCUCAGAAGCGUUCAAGUCAUAGGAAGGAGGAAACACAGAUGAAAGGAAGCACAAAUUACGGAUGACAGCUUAACUAAUAGUGAAUGCUUCUUGAAACCCAGUGCUUCCGUUAACACUACUUUUCACAGUCAAUUGACGUUUGUUCUUAACCCGGUAGCAGCGACGGGCCAAAUUUGUGGCUUUACCGUGUAGCAGCGACGGGCCAAAUUUGUGGCUUUACCGUGUAGCAGUGACGGGCCAAAUUUGUGGCUUUACCGUGUAGCAGUGACGGGCCAAAUUUGUGGCUUUACCGUGUAGCAGCGACGGGCCAAAUUUGUGGCUUUACCGUGUAGCAGUGACGGGCCAAAUUUGUGGUUUUACUGUGUAGCAGCAACGGGCCAAAUUUGUGGCUUUACCGUGUAGCAGCGACGGGCCAAAUUUGUGGCUUUACCGUGUAGCAGUGACGGCCAAAUUUGUGGCUUUACCGUGUAGCAGUGACGGCCAAAUUUGUGGCUUUACCGUGUAGCAGUGACGGCCAAAUUUGUGGCUUUACCGUGUAGCAGUGACGGGGCAAAUUUGUGGCUUUACCAUGUAGCAGCGACGGGGCAAAUUUGUGGCUUUACCGUGUAGCAGCGAUGGGCCAAAUUUGUGGCUUUACCGUGUAGCAGUGACGGGGCAAAUUUGUGGCUUUACCGUGUAGCAGUGAUGGGCCAAAUUUGUGGCUUUACCGUGUAGCAGUGAUGGGCCAAAUUUGUGGCUUUACCGUGUAGCAGCAACGGGCCAAAUUUGUGGCUUUACCGUGUAGCAGCAACGGGCCAAAUUUGUGGCUUUACCGUGUAGCAGCGACAGGCCAAAUUUGUGGCUUUACCGUGUAGCAGCGACGGGCCAAAUUUGUGCCAUGAUAUAAACCCCCCAAAAUAGAUGAUACAUAAAAACUGAUCACAAAUGCUUUGAUAUGUAUUAUGAAAUGGUUUGUGUGAGUGAUGAUUUUUUCUCAUUUUUCUCGCUUAGAGGGACCAUUAAGAAACAUGAUCCCCGCUGCAGCUACCGGGUUGAUAAUUUUCUGAGGAGUUUUCUGGAUACAUUUUUUUAUAUCAGCUGAAUUUUCCUGAGCAUUUUUCAUUUUGUACCUCAUCCCAAUUUUUCCGAGCAGUUUUCUCCGUGACGACAAACAGCGCUAGUGUGGAAUGGUGCACAGGAACCGGAGUAGAUGCCCCCCAUGCCAUCAGCCGACACUCACACCCAGUGCUUCCAUGUUGUGCGCAAGUUACCCGAGGAAAAAGACGUAUGCGUGUGUGUUAGUUUUAAGACCAACGUGCUAUUCUCUGUGCAGCGACUAGGCUAUUUUUGCCAUUACAGUCGUCCCUCAAUUAGUACGGUUUCCAAGAGUUUGGUUUCGGUUUUAUGCGGAUUUUCUAGGAAGAUUUUUUAGGGUUUUUAAAUUUCCCGACGACCAGGAAAUUUAAAAAUCCUAAAAAAUCUAUGAAAAUACACAUAAAACCAAAGCCGAAUUAUUGAAAACCAUGCUAUUUGAGGGACGACUAUGACGCUAUUUUUAAGUGUGCACGCGCCAAGUUCUGUCUUUCAGCUAAGCGUAGUAACACUAGGGGUAGAUUAUUUAUUUAUUGUGUAAGCAUAUUCUAGAGCUAGCAAUUAAGUGCAAUAACAGGAGAACAAUAAGCUGCCAAAUGUGUGAAUGUUAACUCAGCUAUGCAAUGACAAUAAAUCCUUUACAUGAA